GAGAUGGAGUUGUACGACAACCGGCCAGAGAAAAUUCUGACGGAUUUCUUGACGGAAUAUUACUCCGAUCAGCUUCACUCCAUCCUCCUCUCCUCCGAUCUUCGUCUUCACUAUCCCCUCUAUGUGGACUUUGCUGAAGUGUUGGAGCACGAUUCUCCACUUUCCCAUGAGAUCCUUUUCGAACCGACCAAGUACUUGCGUAUAUUCGAUGAAUCUGCCAAAUUGGCUCAGGAGAUCAUGUUUGGACAGGCUAAGAAAGUUUGGGAGCAUGAACGUCAGAAGGAAGAUUUGGAGCGUCCACCUCCAAGUAUUAAGGAAUUUGUGCAUGUUCGGAUUGAAAUCCACGGUCCCAUGCUUGAUAAUCCUGAGUUAUGUCCGAGCAUUGGACGUGUUCGUGUGAAGCAUCGUGGCAUUCUUCUCACUCUGAAGGGAACGGUAAUUAGGUCUGGAUCAAUUAAGAUGAUAGACGGGGAGAGGGAAUACGAAUGUCGGAAAUGUAAACACAGGUUUAAAGUUCAUCCUGAACUGGAAAGCCGGAAUUCCAUACCGAAGCCAAUAUCUUGCCCUUCCAAGAAACCCUACUGCGAAAGCACCAGUUUUCAGCUCCUAGAAGGCGGCAAAAUUUGUCAUGAUUACCAGGAGAUAAAAAUCCAAGAAAGCACUCAGGUUUUAGGCGUUGGGGCAAUCCCACGCUCAGUUCCCGUUAUUUUGCAGGAUGAUCUCGUUGACAUUGUUAAAGCUGGAGAUGAUGUGAUUGUAACAGGAGUUUUGACAGCUAAAUGGUCUCCAGAACUGAAGGAUGUUCGUUGUGACCUUGAACCUGUAUUUGUUGCUAAUUACGUGAGACGAAUAAAUGAAGUAAAGUUGGAUAUAGAAAUCCCUGAUGACAUUGUUUGGAAAUUCAAAACGUUUUGGUCAGAUUUCAAAGACACUCCAUUAAAUGGUAGAAACGCUAUUCUUAGGGCUAUUUGCCCUCAAGUUUAUGGUCUCUUCACUGUGAAGCUAGCAGUUGCCUUGACACUUAUUGGAGGAGUACAACAUGUUGAUGGUUCUGGGACAAAAGUACGAGGCGAGUCCCAUCUUCUUCUUGUUGGCGAUCCAGGUACAGGAAAGUCCCAGUUUUUGAAAUUUGCUGCUAAGUUGAGCAAAAGAUCUGUAAUUACUACUGGGUUGGGAAGCAGUAGUGCUGGAUUAACCGUCACUGCAGUCAAGGAUGGAGGUGAAUGGAUGCUAGAAGCUGGAGCUCUUGUCUUAGCUGAUGGUGGACUUUGCUGCAUUGAUGAAUUUGAUAGCUUUUUGUUUGACAGCAUGAGGGAACAUGAUAGAGCGACUAUACAUGAGGCAAUGGAGCAGCAGACAAUAAGUGUGGCUAAGGCGGGUCUUGUAACUACUCUCAGUACAAGAACUAUAGUCUUUGGUGCCACAAAUCCAAAAGGCCGCUAUGAUCCUGAGCAAUCUCUGUCCAUCAACACCACUUUAUCUGGGCCUUUAAUAAGCAGAUUUGACAUAGUCCUGGUUCUCUUGGACACAAAGAAUCCAGACUGGGAUAAAGUUGUCUCAGAUCAUAUUCUUGAUCAGGCAGAACCAGAGAAGGACAAAUGUCAUGAAGAUCUCGGUAAAAUGUGGCCCCUUUCCAUGCUCAGGAGGUAUAUUCACUUUGUAAAAGGGUAUUUUAGGCCAACUCUGACUAAAGAGGCAGAAAGUGUUAUCUCAAGAUAUUAUCAACUCCAAAGAAGAACAGGAAAAGAAAAUGCAGCAAGGACCACUGUCCGAAUGCUCGAGAGUUUAAUCCGACUUGCUCAAGCACAUGCAAGAUUGAUGUUCAGAAAUGAAGUCACACGAUUAGAUGCCAUCACAGCGAUUCUAUGCAUCGAGUCAUCCAUGACAACAUCAGCUAUUGUUGAUAGUGCUGGGAAUGCGUUGCACUCGAAUUUUACUGAUAACCCUGAUCAACAAUAUGUGAUGCAAGAAAAGCAGAUCCUUGCGAAGCUGAACUCUCCCGAUGAAUUCCCGGAUGCAAUUACUUUAUGAAUCUGGUAGAUGUAUUAAAGAUUGUUAUCUCGCUCACUGCAUACGUUACCGAUCAGGGAAUGGGAGGAUAUGGCACUCAUUACAUGUUUCAAUGGCUGUGUGCAUUUGACGUCGUACCUAAGUGUUACAAUCUCGGUUAGACUUGAAAGAUUUCACCUUUAUAUAUGUUGGAAACCUCUUUUCUA